UAGCUUACAGGUUCAAAACGGAGGAGCCCACAAAACAUAAAUUUACUUAGUGGCAUCGCCGUCUGUGGGAGUCGAACCCACGACCACAUGGUUAAAAGCCAUGCGCUCCACCGGCUGAGCUAAGACGGCUUUUCUAUUGAUUUCUUCACGUAAUUAAAAACAUUAGAAACGUUACUCCCGGCCCCUACUCUAUUAAAAUCAAGCCUGCUAGUUCCAGUUCCAGUUCACCUGGGAAGGAUUCAGGGAUGGCGGAAAUCUCAGAAGCUCCUUCAACUUUGGAUCCGGACUUCGACCAGGAAAACAUGCGAAAAUCCAAACCCGGAUUGAAACGCCUCACUCUAUCCCUCGCUGUUCUCUUCUCUUUUCUCUUAGGUCUUCCAUUCUUGCUAAAAUCAAUAGAGAUUUACAGAUCGCCACUCCCAUUUCGCGAAAUUGAUGAUUUAUCCACCGCCUUUGAAUCUAGUCCAAUUCUCUUUCCUUGCCAUUUCAGAGCAGUAUUUGUCAAUUUUGACCCAAACUCCUAUACGGCUGAUCAAUUAUCGAUUUCGGUUCAAGCCCACAUGGCGAAAUUUGCUGCAAAAAAUUCCCUGGCUUGCGGAACUUGUGCUAGUAAUGUCACCGUCUCCGUAACCCUAGACUCUAACUCCAACUGCAUUAGCAAUGGGAAUAAUGUGGAUUGGAAAUGUGGGGCAUUGAAUGAAUUCAAAUUUGCCGAGAAACAUGAAGAUGGGCUAUUGGACGAGUAUUUGGCAUCUUUGUGUGAUAAUAAUAGUGGUGCGAAGGUUUAUACCGUGGUAGUGGUGAAGACAGAACAGGAGGAAGUGAGGGCAGUGGUGGGGAAGUAUCGCCAUGCGUGGAUUAUGGGUAGGAUUUUUGAGGAGGAGGCAAUAGAGAAGAUAGCGGAGAUUUUUGUUAACGUGUUUGUGAAUGGUGGGAAAGAGGAAGGAUUGAUUCAUGGGGAGUUUAUGCCGUUAGGGGCGGAUGGAAGAAUUGUUCUUUCAUUCAAUUUGUUGAAUGCUGAUCCACAUAAUUGGAUAUAUGAUUGGGAUUUCCAAGAGAUAGAUGAGAAUCUCUUGUCUCCUGUUAUUGACGCACUGAAACCUCUGGCAGAUGUUAGUGUGGAGAGUCAGGUUUUAUAUCACACUCCAAAGUCCUCAUUUUCUUUUUGGGAUGACAGGCUGGACAGCUAUAUUUUCAGUACCAAAGAUCUUCCUUUCUUUGUGAAUUCAAAUGAGUGGCAUUUGGAUACUUCAGUUGCAGCAGGCGGGCUAUCAAAAAUUUUGCAGUUUGUCGUGUAUGUUCCAUCUGCUAAAGAGUGCCCUCUUCAGUUGCAGCUUCCAAAUGGAGAGAUUUCCACAACAAAUGGCUUUAUAUCUCCAAUGUGGGGUGGAAUUGUUGUUUGGAAUCCUUCAGCCUGUUUGAUGGAUUCAAAAAUUAAGCAUCCUCUGAGAUAUAAGAUUUCUUCUGAGGAUUCAAGGAAGCUUUUUGAAGUUUUCAUGGGGCAGUUGCGGCAACUCUUUGGCUUGAAAUCUGAUGGUCUCUUUGUUGGUGCAUCAGGGACAUCCAUACUUUUAGCUAGUGAAAGAGGGUUUUCAGAAUGGGAAUUGGAUGUGUUGUCACGGCAGCACUCAUGUUUUAAUCUUCUUCAAUGUGGCACAACUUUAGGAUCACUUUCUCGAUUGGUUCAAUCACUUCCAAGAAUGAUCAUUAUGGAUGAUAUAGGAAAACAGGUGAAAUAUUCUCUUGAAGCUGCAAGAUUGACUUUAAGUAACGCGUCGCUCGGAAUUUAUGAUGCUUCUGCUGAGUCCUCAAGACAGGCAAGAUUAUUGGCAGAGGAUGCAUUUUAUCACCCAUCUAUGAUGUCUGUCAGCUAUUACUCAUUUGAGCACUGUUUUGCUGUUUACUCGCCCUUCUUUCUGCCAGUUUUGCUGCAUGUCCUUCUCGCGGUCCUUAGAGAAUGGAAAAGAUACAAGCAAGAAAGCAAAAAAUAUUAUGCAUGGAAAGCCAAAGUAAAAUAGCAUUCUAUUGUACUCGUUUGACACAGCGAAUCUCCCUGUCAGGAGGCAUCUGUUAUCAGGCAAGGCUUCUUUCUCAGUUGCUCGAGCUUAUUGCCUCUCUUUUAUCUCAUCCUAGCAAAGAGUGUCCUCAACAUGUUCACAACAUUUGACAACAAUUUUGUGUUACAAAGCUGUACCAUAUGUAGGUUGUAACUUAAGAUGUGUUGGGUUGUGAUUGUGAAAUCAUUAGCUGGUAAUUUGCGUACCGACCAUUGAAAUUGUUAGCCAUAGAUACUUCCAUGAAUUGUUCCUCGUUCCAUAUUUGGUUCCCACUUAUUAUGGAUGGUCUCUGUUUUUUUCUUACUUUAAUACGAUGGUGAUUUGUGGUAA